ACUCUAAACUAUCAUCUAUUACUUAAAUGGAAUAUUAUAACAAGUUAUUGGGACGAUAAUAGUUCGAUGCACUUUCACUUUAUUCUGUGAAUAAAACUGUUUCGCUUCAUUAGUAUUUCUAUUCAGACCAAAUAGAAGAAUACUCUUAUUGUCCGCAAUGUUUGUAUUCCAACUUUUAUUCCGAUCUCGAUGACGAGUCCCACCACCACAAAUACUUAUGCUAAUGCGUUGCUCACCAGGGAUGCUUUAUACCACUCAACAGUCUUACUAUAUUUUUAAUAAUUUAAUAUCACAAUAAUUACUGUUUUUAAUACCUCAAUUUUUACAUACAUCAGCACAAUGUAGACUAAAAUGUAUGGAGGUUUAAUUGAUAUUAAAACAGAUGUCUAUAAAGAAGUAUUAAUAAGAUUAGAGCGGUUGAAAAAGGGAUCAAAAAGGGCACAUCCAUAGGUGGUCCCGAUACUGUAUUUUGAUCAACUACAAACAAUCGAUGAAACCGACGGAUUAUGACGGUUAAUAUAUGAGAACCUCUGGCAUGAACACCUGAAUACUUAACAAACGGAUAAAAUUAACAUUAAUAACGAGUGUCCGCCUCCGAUCCACAUUUUAUCUGAAGACAAACUACGUUCCUCAUAGUCACACGUGACAUCUUCGAUGAGACGUUUCGGGUCGUUUCCAAAAUUUUAACUUACUCGAGUGAAUUUUUCCAUCUGUGUAAAGUUAGCUCAUUUUUGUCUUUCACCUAAGAGUCAAUUGAUAAAUAAAUAAAAUAAUUAGUUAGUUAUUUACUUAACUAUGGAGGAAAAUGAUAAAAAUAAUAGUCAAUCUGGUUACAAGUCAGAAAACGAUAGUAAUGACGACGAAUUUCCACGAAGAUCUCCAGUGCUAUUGGAUUUGGAUAAAAUGGUGAAGAAGUCCCAUCAAAUAAUCGACGAACAGGAGUCUACUGCCAGCAAUCUUGAACACCAAGGCUUGCGAAUCAAAGAAGAACCGCUGUUCAAUUCCUCCGUCAAAGAAGCUGCGUUUAUCCGUCGGCAAUCGCUGAGAAGGCGUUGGCAAGACGACUCAAUUAACGAACGAUCCAGUACUUCGGGGGAUGGUGUUCUUGUUAUAAGAGUUCCUGAACCUGAAACUGCUGGGCCUCACUCGCAUCUAGAAAUUUUGCAUCAGACCAAAAUAAAAUCUGUACAACGCGAAUCUGCUCAAUCUGAGAAAGGUAGUAAUAAUUUCACAGAUUAUAAAAAAUCAGCAUGUGACCGAGAGCGUACGAGAAUGCGCGACAUGAAUCGUGCAUUCGAACUGCUGAGAUCAAAAUUACCAAUUUGCAAGCCGCCUGGUAAAAAAUUGUCUAAGAUCGAAUCGCUGAGACAUGCGAUAACUUAUAUACGACACUUGCAAAGUCUCUUGGAACCUCAGUAUCCUUAUGCACCGUGUAAUACCGAUGUGGCUAAUUACUAUGCAAACCCGUCGCCGACGAGCUCUUACGAUGUUCAGCAUCCACCCCGAUGGGAAUCUUUGGCUUACUAUCGUUACGACUAUCAUGGACCUUUCGUACCGCCACCACCACCUGCCUUGCCUCCACCCCGAAGGCUCGCAUCUGAAUCAGAUGAACAAUAUCGCUACAACCAACACUUGUAAUUAAUUCUAAACCAUAAAUUUUACCCAGUACAAUUGUAUUAUCCAACUAUCUAUAUCUAUAAUUCUGUUGACCUAUUAAUACUGUUAUAAAUACCAAAUUAUGUAUAAAAAAAUAAUAUAACUUUUUUAUUAGUA